AUGUUCAAGCUACCUUUCAAGACUGGGAUAAGGGCUGCGUACAAUGUGCUGGACAAACCGUCAUUUCUGUCGGAACCAUGGUUGGUAUACCCUGCAAAACACAAAUCAAAUGGUAAGUUGGUGUCGGUUUUUAUUUUUGAUAAGACUAAGUUUGAAGCUCAAAUAAAUAAGAUGUCAGGAAUGUCAAAGAAUCCAAGAGUAAUUAUAAGUGAAUGCUAUGAGUUGAUAAAGUUUGAGAUCAGCCAAUUGACAAAGUUGAGACACCCACAAAUCCUAACCAUAUAUGAAGUUCUCGAAGAAACAAAGCUGAAGUUUCUAUUUGUUUCUGAACCGGUUGAUGAUAACUUGUUGACUGUCAGCAGCAGGAAAUUGGAUGAUUUGAGUAUACAAAAAGGUAUUUUGGAAAUUGCCAAAGGUUUACAGUUUUUACAUAAUAAUUGUUCAAUUAUUCAUUCUAAUUUACAACCAUCUUCAAUAUAUAUAAAUAAUCAAGGAGAUUGGAAAUUAGGUGGCUUUAAAUUCUUACAAAAUUUGAAUGAAAUAUCGCCACAAGAGAGAGAAAAUUACUAUAUUAUGAACAAUUCUUCAUUAGUACCAUUUUCUAAUAUCAACUUAAACUAUACUGCACCCGAGUUGAUAUUAGAUAACCAACAAAAAUUAGGCUUUGCUAACGAUAUUUUUUCAUUAGGUUGCCUCAUAUACUACUUAUACAAUGAAGAUAACUUGAUUAAUUGUUUCGAUCCUAAUAGCAUUACUGAAUAUAAACAAGAAUUUCAAAAAUUUGCUAAUAAGUUUUAUAAUCAUCGUUCAAGUGAUUUAAAAUACGUUCUUAAAAACGUCCCAGAAAAUAUUUAUCCACUUUUAAUGCAGACUUUAUCAAGAUACCCUUUUGAUAGAAUUUCUGUUGACCAGUUUAUUGAUUCGGAAUUUUUCGAUGGAAGCAUCAUCAAGGCAAUGUGGUUUGUUGAUGAAUUUUCCACGAAGAAUAUAAGUGAGAAAUUGAUCUUCAUGAAUGGUUUAUUGAACGAUAGUAUUCUUUCACAGUUUCCCAUUCAUUUCAAAAAUCAGAAACUCUUACCCUUAAUGAUUGAGCUCAUAGUAAAUGAACUCAAUAUCUUGAAAGGUAAAAAGUUAGACAAUGAUAUAAAUGAACUCUUAACAUAUGCAUUGACAAUAACAUUGGAAAUUGGAGACGGCAUUUCAGGCUUAUCUUUUCAGGAUAAAGUUUAUGACCAAUUACUCCUCUUGAAGAAAAAAGAUUGCACAUUUACCUUAUUAAUUAACACUUCGGUUAAAAUCAGAUUGGUUUUGAUUGAACACUUAUCAACUUUACAAUCAAAAUUGAAAGACAAACAAUUGGUUAGCGUGAUAAAAGAAUUAUCAAGUUUAUGUCUAACUUCAUCACCGCUUGAGACUGAUCUGCAAGCAGAUCAGAUCAAAUUACAGGAUCUAUUCUUGACUAAACUUAUCACAGUGAUAAAUCAAUUCGACUUUCCUUACAUCAAAAACUCAUUGUUCCCAUUGCUUUGCCAAGUGUUUAAAACAACAACCAUUCUCUCUACAAAAAUCACAACCAUUGACUUGUUUGAAAAAUUGAUUGAUCAGAAAAUAAUAGAUAAGAUUAUCGUAGCAGAUCAAUUGUUACCAAUCUUGAAAAACUUAAAGAGUAGGGAUAAAAGAAUAGUUAGUAAAACAUUGAAGUUAUUUGGUAAGUUAAGCUCGAGUGAACACAUUUCAUUAGACCUUGAAUCGUUGGUUGAUACUGUUCUUUCACAAUGUUUCAAACUUGCAUUUGCUUGUAAUGAUUGUAAUCAACUGGAAUUUAAAGCUUUCAUUGAUGAAAUUAAUAGAAUUCAAAAUAUUUUAACUACCAAAAAAAUAGACUCAUUGGCCAAACAUUCCGAUACAAAUUUUAACAGCAUUAUAAAUACUAGACAUAGUAUUGAUACAGCAGCUCCGAAGACCGUUCCAAUUAAGCCAACUUCUCAUGAAACACCGGUAAAGCCAACGACUACUACAAAACCAAUGAAGAAUCAGCCGUUGUCUCUGAAGAACAAGAAUCACCAAAAUCAAAACCAAAACCAAACUUUAAAACCUAAACUUAAUUUUGGCGACACUUCGUCCAACCAGAACAAUAAUUUGUUAGAUACUUUGAAUAAAACUUGGGGUAAAAGAAAUAUUCCUGAGCCAGAAACGCUUAAUGAUGAUGACGACGACUUUGAAGAAUUCCAAAAAGCAGAAACUACACCUCAAAUCAACUGGAAUAGUGAAAUAAACAAGUCUCUCCCCAUGAAUCAAAGGAUGUCUCAAAAGGCUACCACCAACGGCCAACCAAGGAAAUAUCCUCCUGGAUUCGAUUCAAAUAUGGUCCUUACCCCCAAUGGUACGGGUGGAAGCCAGACCAAACCUACAAUCCAAAAUCAAAAGAAUUCUGACCUCUUAGAUCUUCUUUAA